GUAAUACAUUGUUGCCUAUGGGAGAGCCACCCCGUUAAGCAGACCGGAACUGACAGUUUUUUAAAUGUUAAACGGACUGAGUGGGACAUCUUUAUUUAUCCAUCAUCUUUGACUAUAAUAUUGUAUCACGUGGAAGAGCGGUUUACCUGGUCACAUGGUCAGAUCAUAGUGCCGCGAGACGAUUCAAUGUCGAGCUGAAGUGAACUGCGAUUAUUGAGGAGAUACUACCGUGACAAAUAGGGAUACCGGCUGGCAAAUGACUGUCUGCAAACGGUAGACACCAUGAACUACGUGGGCCAGCUGGCAGGCCAGGUGCUGGUGACUGUGAAGGAGCUGUAUAAGGGCAUCAACCAGGCUACGCUGUCCGGCUGCAUCGACGUGGUGGUGGUCAGACAGCCUGACGGGACCUUCCACUGCUCCCCUUUCCAUGUACGUUUUGGGAAACUUGGCGUGCUGCGCUCCAAGGAGAAAGUGAUUGACAUUGAGAUCAAUGGAGAACCAGUGGAGCUGCACAUGAAGCUGGGGGAUAACGGAGAGGCCUUCUUUGUUCAGGAAACGGAGCAGCAUAAUGAGAUCGUCCCUGCCCACCUUGUGACUUCGCCCAUCCCCACAGAGGAGGCACUGUGGAGGGGCAGAGAGUCUCGAGCUGGAGGGUCGGGUCUGGAGGGUGGGCUGCAGCCCCCCCAGGGGUGCUCAGAGGACCCAGCCUCCUCCUCCGCCCCCCUCCUCCCCCCCAGCAUCACAGCAGGGAAAAAGAAGAAGAGACGCAGGAGGAAGCACAAAGCAGAUCCCCGGAAGGAGGAGCAACAGACCCCUACUGCUUGUGGGGAGGAGGUCUGUGAGCUGAGCUCAGACGAUGAGCAUGGUGGCACACACAACAACAGCAGCAGGGCCUCUUCGUUCUCUACAGUGAAGGACACAGUGGAAAACAGGCAGCACCCCACCCUCCACUCUCUGGACAGCUACCCUUUCUCUGAUGGAGACUGCUCUACCGGUGGCAGCCUCAGCAGAUCCUCAAGAUCCCUGUCCGAGCCCAUGUCUCCAAAGAGCGACUCUGAGCUGAUGGUGAAGUCAUCAGAGAGCAUGCUCAGAGCAGAGUCACACAUGCAGUGGUCCUGGGGAGAGUUCCCAGAAUCCACCAGGGUCUGUAAGAAAGAGCUGACUAAGACGGUAACUAUAACUCCAACAGAGAACACCCACUUCAGGGUCAUCCUCAGCUCUGAGGCCAUGGGGGUGGAGGCAGGGGGCAUCCACAACUCUCUGGACCCUGUGUGUGGACCUGCCAUCGUCAAACCAGAACCCCGGACUCCCAAACAAAGUGCCCUCCAUAGCUCCAAACACCACCCACCCAACUCUCUAUCUGAAACCCGUUGUCCCCCCCAACCUGAACUGUGUCCCCUCAAACCAGAGCCAAGUGCUCUCACAGCAGAGCCCUAUCCCACUCCCACCCCCCUUCUGCCCAAGCCUGAGCGUAGGGCUCGUUGGACCUCCACUCCCCCCAGUGUGCUUGGUUCCAGCCGGAGGGACAGUGGCUCUGCUGCCUGUGGGGCCAGCCGCAUGGCCGGGGACCUGGGGGCCAUCGGCUCCAAGACUGACUCCCCGUCCAAGAGGAGAGGUGUGAGAAAGAGGAGUCAACACCAGGGGCCUGAGGAUAUUUACCUGGAUGACCUGAACGCUAUGGAGCCUGAUAUUGUUGCACGCUACUUAGGUCCCAAGAGUGAGUCCGAGGCGGUCCCUAAGCACUGGGUAGAGGUGGGCCGGCGCGAUGGGUCCCAGUCUCCUCAGUCUGUGGGCAGUGCAGCGGCCGACAGCGGGACCGAUUGUCUGUCUGACUCGGCUGGGGAUCUACCAGAUGUCACCCUGUCUCUCUGUGGAGGGGUCGGAGAGAACUCUGAAAUCUCCAAAGAGAAAUUCAUGGAGCACAUCAUCACAUAUCACGAAUUUGCUGAAAAUCCAGCAAUCAUCGACAAUCCCAAUUUGGUGGUUAGAAUUUCAAACCGAUAUUACAACUGGACAUUGGCAGCUCCGUUGAUACUGAGUAUGCAAGCUUUCCAGAAGAACCUGCCCAAGGCCACAGAAGAGGCGUGGGUGAAGGAGAAGAUGCCUAAGAAGUCUGGCCGCUGGUGGUUCUGGAGGAAGAGCAGCGUCAAACAGUCUUCAGAGGCCAAACUGGACAGGCAGGAGUCCCUGUCAGAGACACACAGAGACACAGAGAGCCCUGUCCUUGAUCAACAGAGUCCAGCAGUCCCACAGCAGAAAGCAGCAGCAGACUCCUCCAGUGAUGAAGAAUCUAAAGAGCUGAAUGCACUGGCACCUACUGAGCGUGUGCAGACAGAGAUUUCAGCACCAACCGGAUCACACUCCUACAAGAAGUCUCUCCGCCUCUCAUCUGACCAGAUAGUGAGUCUGAAGCUGAGGGAGGGGCCUAAUGACGUUACUUUCAGCAUCACCACUCAGUACCAGGGCACGUGUCGCUGCGAGGGCACCAUCUACCUGUGGAACUGGGAUGACAAAGUCAUUAUCUCUGACAUCGACGGCACCAUCACCAAGUCAGAUGUGUUUGGCCAAAUCCUCCCUCAGCUUGGGAAAGACUGGACUCAUCAAGGCAUCGCUAAGCUCUACCACUCGGUGCAUGAGAAUGGCUACAAGUUCCUGUACUGUUCGGCGCGGGCCAUCGGCAUGGCCGACAUGACUAGAGGGUACCUGCACUGGGUGAACGACCGGGGAACCAUCCUGCCUCAAGGACCCCUCAUGCUCUCUCCUAGCAGCCUCUUCUCUGCCUUUCAUAGGGAGGUAAUUGAAAAGAAGCCAGAGAAGUUCAAGAUUGAAUGCCUCACAGACAUCAAGAACCUCUUCUACCCAAACACACAUCCCUUCUAUGCAGCCUUUGGAAACCGAACAAAUGAUGUGUUUGCCUACAAGCAAGUGGGUGUCCCUGUGUGUCGGAUAUUCACAGUCAAUCCCAAAGGAGAGCUCAUCCUAGAGCAAUCAAAAGGCAAUAAAACGUCGUACGGCCGACUGAGUGAACUGGUAGAGCACGUUUUUCCUUUACGCAGUAAGGAGCAGAGCGCCACCUUCACUUUCCCAGAAUUCAGUUCCUUCUGCUUCUGGAGACAGCCAAUUGAUGAAGUCUGUCUUGAGGAGCUGCUCUGAGACAACCAAUCGCUGAAGUCUGUCUUGAGGAGCUGCUCUGAGACAACCAAUCACUGAAGUCGGUCUUCAGGAGCUGCCCUGAUUCUGAUUGGACAAUUCCCACAGCUGUGGUAUUAUUUUCAGGUAUUAAGGUAGCAAUUAACAGACACUUUAGUACGGUAGAUAAACUUUGUUUUUUGGACGAAAAAAAAAAAUCACUUGAAAUCAACCUCAAAUCGGCAUAGGCAAUAUUGUGUGUUGCGUAAUCAUUUCAUGGCUCUUUCCGUUAUGAUUGCUUGCACUGCCUUAAUAUCAGCUUUGAUGACUGUAUACUAUGUGUCUACUGAUGCUGAUGCUUACUCAAUUGUUUAGUGCUCCACAGGUACAAAAGCACUCGUUGUGAAGAUAUCAAUAAGAACUGCCUCACAUAAUACAUGCAGACAUACAUUCUAACAGACUGUACAGCCUUCUUAGAAUACAAUGUGAAGAGAAAGAAGGCCGGCUUAGUUGUAAGGUUAGUUGAUUAUUUGGCUUUAGUGAUAAUGCUGACUUUUCACUUCUCAUUUGGUUCAGUCUGCUUCUAAUUAUAAAAGUUAUAUUGUUGCAAUAUGGUUAGAUGUUAAUUUGGAGAAUCACGCUGCUUUGAAAGGCCUUAACGUAUACAGUGCAUGCUAAGCUUUAACAGAUUAUUCUCUGAGCUGCCAGUGGAACUGGCACAAAUCUUAAUAGGUAGAGAUUUAAUAUAUCUGAGCUGGCUCAAUGUUUAAGACAUACAGACAGGUAGCUGUGGUGAGGUUAAAGGUGAAGGAAGCACUUUCUAAAGUGUAGAUGUUGCUCACACACACAGUACUGGAGAUUUUGGAUGGAGACAGACUAAUUUGCACUGAAAGCACAAUUACAGUAUUAUGUUGGAACUUUUAGCAGACAUUUUAUGGGUUACCUUUACAAUGUUUAUGAAAUGAAUUCUUCUUUAUUGGAUAUAUUUCUGUUAUGGCUUGGGUUAGUCUUGUAUAUUUGGAACUAUAUUUAGAUUUAGCAUCCUCAUUUGGCUGUUGUAUGUGAUGGUGUUGCAGUUCCUCAGUAAUGAUGUCAUUCUUUCUAUGAAAGAGCUAUUGUGUGUGGAGAGUAUACACAUCCUAACACUCUGGUAUUUGUGGGGUUUUUUCAGCAACUGCUUGGAUCGUGAUCAGUGUAUCUGUUAAGAGAUUCAUUUCACAGUUCUCACUCUUUCCCACCUCAAAAUGCCUUUUUGCACGUCACCAUGUACAUUGAAGUGUGUGUUUUGGGAUAUGAAUGGUUACCACAAGAAUAAAUACAUUCGAAGAUUC